GUUCGGAGUUGAAGGGGCGAAUUGCGACGAUGCGAUGAAGAUGAAGGAGAGCAAGAGUGCAAUGGCGACGAUGACGAUGAUGAUGGCGGUAGCCAUGACAAGCCUCUUCACAAGAUGCUCGUGUUUCACCUCUCCCGGCAUGCGUCUGUUUCAUCAUGUUGGACGAUCGCCGGCGGGAAGAGCGACAUGCUGGAGGCCAUCGAGAUCAACUUUCAGGAGUCUUGAAGCCACGAGAAACUCAUACGUGCAAGAUGAAGAUUUCCCGGAUGUCAUGGAUGACGUCAUGACGAGGAUCAGGGAGAGAGAGGCGUCGAGCUCGGCGAGCGUGUCCUUCAAGAAAGACUUUCGCAGGGUAGUAGAGAAUCUCAGAGGCAAAACCAGAGCUCUUGUUUCAAACAUCUCGCUUGCAAAGAUUGUCAGUGACCAGAUAAAUCCAGAACGAGUAUCUAUCAACCUGAAAUUUUUGACUACAUCCAUCGAAAGCUUCGUGGUUUUUAUCAAGCAUUCCAUCACAAUCUUUCUCAGCACAAUGCUGGCAACGUUUACAACCCACUACGAAAAUGCUCGGCUGCUAGGCAAAAAGGCGUAUGACAGCCUGCAUGAGAGAAGCAAUCGCUGGUUGAGCAACUUCAAAGGUCAGAACUCCACGAUUGCCGUCAUGGAACCUAUGACAGUGGACAAAAAGGACCCAGCACAGGAAAUGAUUGAGCUGGGUUUCGACUUUGCAAAAAUCGUUGCCAACAGAACAUAUCAAGCUUCACGAUCAGUCGCCACAACUGUGAUGGAAGAGGGAAAGUCCAUCGUAGAGCAAGGGAGGAAAAUCAUGCCGGGCAUCCUUGCUGUGGGAGCAGUUGCAGCUGCAGCGGAUCUCACCGACGUCGCGCUUGCAAGUGCAGCUGGGCUGAUGCUGACAACAGCUGUUGCGGAUCUCGCUGUGGCAGACAAGAAGAAAAAGAUGGAAGGAACCACCAAGUCAAACGAAAAUAAAGCUCCGACAGUUAUCAAGCUCUCCUACGAUGCAGAAGAUCAAGAUGAUCUGAGGUCGCUUUACACCAAGAUAGUCAACGACUACAAGCAGGAGUUCCCGCUCGAUCUUGCUCUUGCUCAGAUAGACAGCGUGAAGAAGAUCGACAGCAGCCGAGUGCAGCAACUGAGCAAGAAAUUUGCGGAUGAGAACGGACGAUUCACCUUCACCAACUUCAUCCUCGCUGUCAAGGCAUACAUCGCCUGA